AUGUCUGGUAGCCAGGAUUGGAUGCAUUGGUACACUAAUGCCGAGACUGCCAAUGAGGACACAAAUUACUGUCAGCAGUACCCAACCUUCAUGGGAAUGGCUGGGUAUACUGACCAAACUGUCUGUGAGACCUUACAAAACAGCACAGCACAGCACAAGCUUCACAGUGACACCGCAAGGGAUUCCCUGAAAGAGAAACUGCUUCAGCUACAAUGUCACUUCACGUGGACCCUGCAAGUAGAGGAUGUGGAGUGGGAUGAUUUGCAGGAACGAAUACAUUACACAAUUGAGGCUGACAUUGUGCAAUAUAAAGUCAUGCCUUACAAUCUACUUACUUUUGUCAACUGCGUACGAGGUAAACAUGAGGAGGCAUUCGAUAAUUUGUGGGAAGCUGAGGAGAUUCUGAGGAAGGAUCACAAGUCGAAUGUUGAAAAGUGGAGCAUCAUCACCUACGGAAACGCAGCCUGGGUCUAUUACCACGUGGGAGAAGUGGCAGAGGCUCAGGCCUACCUCAACAAGCUGGAGAGGAUCUGCCAACAGUUCCCUGAUGCCUCUCGCUUUACAGCAAUGACCCCUGAAGUAUACGGGGAGAAGGGUUGGUCCCUGUUGAGAUUUGGCUGGAAAUAUUAUGAAGAGGCAAAUGAGUGUAUUGAGAAGGCUCUGGAAGCAGAUCCUGAUAACAUUGAGUGGAAUACAGCUCACGCAACCUCUCUGUUCCGACUUAAAGAAAAUAUUGGAGACCCUCAGUGUCCUGAGCACUGCAAAGUAGUGAAGCAGUUACAACGGGCAUUGGAACUGAACCCAAAGGACUCUCUUCUCAAGGUCACGCUGGCUCUAAGACUACAAUAUUUCAAACAGGAAGAGGAAUCUCACAGAUUGUUAGAAGAUGUGCUCCUGAAUUCUCCUGAUGAUCCCUAUUUAAUUCAAUAUGCGGCCAAAGCUUUAAGAGAGGAAGGAUCUGUUGAACAAUCCUUAGAGAUGUUGAAAAAGGCACUGAUGUUAAGACCAAACUCUGGGCUCCUUCACCACCAGAUCGGUUUAUGCUACAAAAAGAAACUGUUUACACUGAAGAAAACACCUUAUAAAUAUAAUGCUUAUGAGGAAAGGAAAAAACUGAUUGAACUUUGCAAAUAUCAUUUCCAAACAGCCUAUGAUCAUAAACCCUCACUUGUAACUGCAAUCCUUGAUCUGGCAGAACUCUUUGCAGAAUGCAAAGAUUAUUCCAAAGCUGAUGAGAUCUACGAAAACCAGCUCAGAAAUAAAGAUUGCAACCGUAUAAACAGACAGUUAAUUCAUUGGAAAUAUGGAUUGCACCAGUUAAAAAGGAACGGAUUCUUACAGAGAGCCAUUUAUCACUUCAAGGAAUGCCUGAAUCUCAAGGUGAAGAGCAAAAUGGAUAUUCACUGUCGAGCAAAACUGAAAGAAAUUGCUGAAGAACGAUUGAAUGAAUAUUCAAGAGACAGUGUCGCCUUUGGUAUAUUGGGACUAUUACAUCAACUGGAUGGCAAGAAAUCCAAAGCCAUUGAAUUCUUUCAGCGAGCCCUGGAGUGCGAUUGUGACAAUGAAGAAUUUCAAAGUGCUCUCAGUGAACUAAAGGAGUCUGCAUAGGAAAAUAUAUCUCUGAUGUUUCUGGGAAAUUGAUUCCGGGAAAUUGAUUCCCAUUUUUGGUGUGUGGUUUUGAGAUAAAUAGUUUUAAGAUUAGCUGGCAGACCCAUUCCACCAGACAGAAAUGGGCAGCCAGUGUAAAUAAGAAAAGGUCCUAUGUACAGAGGUUUCCCAGGCUUCUCCCCAUUAUAAAAAGCAACAGAGCAUCCCUCCUCCAUUUCCGCUCACUGUGUGGGGAGGCCAGCAACAUCCUGGAGGUAGCCUCCUUGUACAAUUGUCCAUGGAGCCAAUUGGAACUGGAGGUCCAUGUGCUAAAGUGAGGGACAGAGCAGAGAAGGUUACCUACAAAUCCCAAUGGGCCUCCAGGAGGACCCGGAUUGCUCGGCCUCUCUGCUUUUAUAUCUUUGACUUUGCUCCAUGUUAAGGUGCCCUCUCAGUCUCUGAGACCCAACCUGGCUCCAUAUUGCUCAGCUCACUCAAUGAGAUUUCAAUGCUACUGGCUCUCUGGUUAGUAAAAACCAUGUCCACCUGCAAUUUUAAUCUGAUGGUGAGGACGCAUUCAGGCAAUUCUCAAUUAGAACCAGAAACAUUGCUAAAUCUGUCCCAUGACCCGUAGUAUGAACUCAGGAUCCCUAUAUGAGCCUGACGCUGGCGACCCCUAGCCCAGUAUAAUAUCCUGACCAUUCAUCAGUGUCACUUUGCCAUUCAUGUACUCUGUCAUUCUCUAUUUGUUCAGGCAAUAGUAAUUGUAACCAUAAUUUUGGGAGUGAACAACUUUUGCACUAAUGAUAUUAACUCAUUUCAGUGACUGAAACCGAAAAGAUCAUGGUUAAUGUUGUAUUUUUGACUCUUAAAACAAAUGUACCAAACAUGAUGACAGUGAUUAGUAAACAAAAUGAUGAUUAUUGAAGAACAGUAGAAAUCUAGAAGAGUUCUUUAUUUACCGUCAUCAGUUCUAAUGAACGCACCAUAUGGUAACUUGUGUCAUUCCUGUGAUUAUGUAUAACAAACUAUUUGCAUAUUUAGCAAUAUAUUAGUCAGUAUAUCUACAGCACAAAACACA